UCGACGUAGCAAUAUGCUUUUCGUUCUCGCGAUUCCGGUUUUAUCCAUCGUGACAUGGGCAUCCGCGCUGAUCGAUCCGUUAUCAGAAUUACCAAAAUUCGGGAAACCGCUGAACAAUCUAACCAUCUCAGUUGGUCGUGAAGCCAUCUUCACUUGCAUCGUGGAGAAUCUCGGUCAGUACAAGGUGGCGUGGCUUCGUGUGGACACGCAGACAAUACUAACGAUAGCGACUCACGUUAUUACAAAGAAUCAUCGAAUCGGAGUGACCCAUAGUGGACAUCGUACGUGGUCUCUUCACAUCAGAGAAGCAAAAGAAACUGACAGGGGUUGGUACAUGUGCCAGGUUAAUACCGAUCCAAUGUCCAGCAUCAUCGGAUUCCUCGAAAUAGUUGUACCUCCGGAUAUCCUGGACUAUCCCACCAGUACGGACAUGGAAGUGAGGGAGGGUAGCAACGUGACGCUGCGGUGCGAAGCGACAGGAACACCGAAGCCUACGGUCUCGUGGCGUAGGGAGGCAGGCGGCACGAUCACCCUACCCAACUGGCACGAGGUAACGAGUAUCGAAGGUCCACAUCUGGAAAUAACGGGUGUCAGUCGUCUCCACAUGGGACCAUACUUGUGCAUAGCAUCGAACGGAGUACCCCCAACCGUCAGCAAGAGAAUCGUUCUCAUUGUUCACUUUCCACCUAUGGUUUGGAUCGAAAAACAAUUGGUUGGUGCAUACGAAGGGAAAAGACUUGUUCUUGAAUGUCAAAGUGAGGCAUAUCCCAGACCGAUAAGUUAUUGGACUAGGCCAACUAAUGAAACUAUCGCUAAUGGAAUUGACAGGCAACCAACGACGAGACGACCAGGUACUAGACGGGAUUCGAAAAAUUCUUGGAAACUGGAUCACAGUAACGAGAAAAAAGCUGCCGGUAUGAGGGACGAGCCCAUGUCGAAAGGAAAUUCGGACAGUGGGGAAGAGCAACUGGAUUUUCAAUCGGCAACAGCAUCCUCGUGCUUUCAUCGUCACGAGAUCUACGUAAAUCUUGGUAUCAUCGUAUACGUUGGUAUCGUACUUGGUGGACACUCGACAACGUAGACCCUUUUCUAUCGCGUUGUCAUACCUUCUAUCGGCGUUAAAGAAUUUCAACAAAUUUUCGAGAACGAAUAGAUUUUUCUCCAUUCUAUGGGUUUUUCCUUUCCUAUGACGAAUCGCAAAUUUUGUCGAUUCACGUUGGAAACUUCGAACUUUCGAAUUGCAAAAUGGCAAGUUUUCCAGAAACAUACGAAAAUGAAAGGAAGAAAAGAAAAGAAAAGAAAUGAAAAGAAAAGAAAAGAAAAGAAAAGAAAAGAAAAGAGAAGAGAAGAGAAGAAAGUGAAAAGAAAAAAAGGAACUAGGAAAUCUUUAAUCAAGAGUUCCACGCUUUGUGCGUUUUUCGUUUCUCCCAGAAGAUCGUACGAGAUUACCUAUGAUCGUUUAAAGUCUCCAGAGAGAUGAAAAAUAUCGUAAAUUUAAGCUCUUAGAUUAUGAAAAGGGGGUAAAAAGAAAAAAAAAUCUAUGAGAAACGAAGGAGAGACGAAGUAGAGUUUAUCUAGCCGGUGUAAUGAUCCUCUUCCCCCACCCAUCCCCUGCUCCCAAAAAACUUGUUUUAAGUUAUUACCUAUUAAGUCUUUUUGUGUCAUCGAGGAUCUAUGACGAUCGUACGAAACGUCCUUACCAAUUGUAAAGCUUCGUGUCGUUUGUAUUACAGGAUUAAAUCGAUAUAAGUAUAUAAUGUGUGCUGUCGCAUAAUAUUACUCUUACACUAUAAUAUACUCUAUACAUAGAUAGUAGAUUAUCCUAUUAAGUUACAGUACAAUGACAAUAAUUUUUGUAUCUAAUCCCGUUUAUGAAAGAAAAGAAAAAAAAAAGAGAGAGAACGAAACUUUGGUAAAAACUUUUAAAGAUCGAUAAUAUUUCUCGCAUCGUUGAUAAUAAAACUGCCUCUCGAA